GGGAGGUGCGGAUCGCAGUGGGCUCCUUCCCUCGCAGCUUCCCCCCCUCCCACCUUUCCCCCUCGAUGCUCUCCGAUGCGGUUACACCGCCGGGGAGAAGAGGAGGAGGAGGUGGAGGAGGAGGAGGAGGAGGAAGGCGCGGGGCAGCCCUGCGCGCUGCCGGCGGAGAGCGGCGGGGCCGCGGGCGCGCAGCAGCUCCAGGCACCGCGAGAGGAGCCUCCCAGGAUCCCCCGCUGACUCGAGCGAGCGGCACGCAGCUCCCGGAGCCUCCCGCAGCCCCGCUCCGGAGCCAUGAGCAGCGCCGUGCUCCUCGCCCACCUCCCGGACCCCGGCAGCAGCUUCAGGGAGGACGCGCCCCGACCCCCGGUGCCGGGGGAGGAGGGAGAGGCACCGCCAUGCCCGCAGCCCCACAGCUCCUUUCUCGCCAAAAGCCAAAGCUUCACGGCCAUGCCGGUGCCCGCUGCCCCGCGGAGGAAUGAGAACGGGCUGGGGGAGCCGGAGGGCAGCGCGUCCCCCGAUUCCCCGCUGGCCCGUUGGACCAAAUCCCUGCACUCCUUGUUGGGAGAUCAAGAUGGUGCCUAUCUCUUUCGGACCUUCUUGGAAAGGGAAAAAUGCGUGGAUACCUUAGACUUCUGGUUUGCCUGCAAUGGCUUCAGGCAGAUGGACCUUAAGGAUACCAAAACUUCAAGAGUAGCCAAAGCUAUCUACAAAAGGUACAUCGAGAACAACAGCAUCGUCUCCAAGCAGCUCAAGCCUGCUACCAAGACCUACAUAAGGGAUAGCAUCAAGAAGCAGCAGAUAGAUUCCAUCAUGUUUGAUCAGGCACAGACUGAGAUCCAGACUGUGAUGGAGGAAAAUGCGUACCAGAUGUUUUUAACUUCUGAUAUAUACCUCGAAUACGUACGGAGCGGAGGAGAGAACCCCGCUUACAUGAGCAGCAAUGGGCUGGGGAGCUUAAAAGUUGUCUGUGGCUAUCUGCCGACCUUGAACGAGGAGGAGGAAUGGAGCUGCGCCGACUUCAAAAGCAAAAUGCUGCCUUCAGUGGUUGGGCUGUCCAGCAAAACGCUGAGGGUUACGGCGAGCGUCAGAGCAACCGAGACAUUGGAGAAUGGGUACAGGUCCUUCAAGAGGAAUGAUCCCGUUAACCCCUACCACGUGAGUUCUGGCUAUGUCUUCGCCCCAGCGACCAGCGCCAACGACAGUGAAAUAUCCAGUGAUGCCCUGACAGAUGACUCCAUGUCGAUGACAGACAGCAGUGUAGAUGGGAUCCCCCCGUACAGAAUUGGGAGCAAGAAGCAGCUCCAGAGAGAGAUGCAUCGCAGCGUUAAGGCCAACGGUCAAGUUUCUCUACCUCAUUUUCGGACCCACCGCCUUCCCAAGGAGAUGACCCCGGUGGAGCCGGCUGCCUUUGCUGCGGAGCUCAUUUCCCGGCUGGAGAAGCUGAAGCAGGAGCAAGAAACCAUGGACGGUCUGGAGGAGAGGCUGCAGCAAAUCAAGGAGGAUGAGGAGAAGGAAGGCUUGGAGCUCCCUGCCAGCCUGCAAAGCGGUCGGGAGAUGGUGAACCCCCAGCACCAGCAGCACCCGCUCUCACUCCUGCCAUCUGGCAGCUACGAGGAGGACCCCCAGGCCAUCCUGGAUGAGCACCUCUCCCGUGUGCUGAAGACCCCCGGCUGCCAGUCCCCUGGCAUGGGCCGGCACAGCCCCCGCGCCCGCUCCCCUGACCACCUGCUGGGGGGCAAGCUGCAGCCAAGCACUGCCUCACCAGCCGCCUGUGCCCUCCUGGAAGGAUUUAUCACCAAGCAGACCACCAAGCAUGUCCACCACCACUAUAAUCCACAUCAUGCUGUGCAGACGAAGGAGCAGAUCGAGGCGGAGGCAGCGCAGCGGGUGCAGUGCUGCUGCCCGGCAGGCAGCGACUACUACUGCUUCUCCAAGUGCAAGGGCCACACGAAGGGCGCUGACCCACCUCUCCCUCCACUGGAGCCCUUUGGCAGGACAGGCACGCUGACCAAGAGGCCGGGCCGAGGAGUGGAGAGCAUCACCCUGCUGCCUGGGGACGGAGGGCUGCCUGGCCCCAGUGGGGUGCAGCUACCUGGCGGUGAGGCGGACCGGGCGCAGAACGUCUGGCAGUGGAUGCUGGAGAGCGAGAGACAAAAUAAGCACAAGCCCCAUAGCACAAAGAAGGCCUACGGCUCCGACUUCGCCAAGGGGGCUCCCAGCGAGCGCCCCGGCGCCACCACCCCUGGGGGCCCAGCAAGCCACCCGCGUGGGGCGCAGCCUGCCCACCCCUUCAUCCAGGACCCCGCCAUGCCCCCGCUCACCCCGCCCAACACCCUGGCCCAGUUGGAGGAAGCGUGCCGCCGGCUCGCCGAAGUCUCCAAGCCUCAGAAGCAACGAUGCUCAACCUCAAAUCAGCAGAGGGAUCGAAACCACUCCACUGCUGCAGGGGGGAACACCCCUUUUUGCAAUGCAAGUCUAACGACAGAAGACCACAAAGAGCCAAAGAAACUCCCUGUUGUUCACACCUCUCAGUCUAGUGAGUUGGUUGUCACCUAUUUUUUUUGCGGAGAAGAAAUUCCCUACAGGAGGAUGUUAAAGGCCCAGAGCCUGACACUUGGGCACUUUAAAGAACAGCUGAGCAAAAAGGGAAAUUACAGAUACUACUUCAAAAAGGCAAGCGAUGAGUUUGACUGCGGUGCAGUGUUUGAAGAGAUCUGGGAAGACGAAACAAUUCUGCCCAUGUACGAAGGAAGGAUUCUUGGGAAAGUAGAAAGGAUCGAUUGAUGGCAUCUGUGUUUCUUGAGAAAAUUUAAGCUAGGAAAAAAAAAAAAAAAGCCUU